UGGAAGUGAUACAUCUAGGAUGGGCCCUGAGCAGAGUCAGGGGGCACAAGUAAGGACAGAUGGGCACAGGAAGGUUCCCUUAUGACCAGCUCCUGGAACAGGAAAAAAACCUGUGCUUAGUACACAGAUGGGCCAGCUCAGCAUGUAAAAACGGCAGAAAUGGACCCCUACAUGUCAUCCAUUCAAAGAUGGCCCUAGACACCAUGAAGGGCAACUUUCUUGGAGGUCAGCCUGUUGGCAGUUCUCAUCCCCCAGCCCUCCCAGGUGAUCUUGCUGGGAGAGGGUUGGAGACUGCAGAUAUGAACCACCACUUUCUAGCCUUCAGCAUUCUGGCAGUGAUUGCAGUAACAGCAACUAUUGUGUCAGUAGCACAAGGACGAGAAAGAGCAAGCCUGUCAUCAGAAGUGCCGAAUAUUAAAACGGGGCCAACCUUUUUGAUAUUCCUGUACUCAGAAAAUGAGCCUUGUCUGGGGACCCUGAUCCACGAACAGUGGAUUCUCACCGCAGCCCACUGCUUCUUGCCAUAUCUUGAGAUAGACAUUGCUUCCAAAAGGGACUAUUUUGAUACUGUGAAGGGGAAAUUCACAUACCAUUUGUCUGUCCAACACCCAAAUUUCACCCGGGAUUCUGCUGAGAAUGACCUUACGCUCAUCAAGCUGAAGGAUCCCUUAAAGCUCAAUGAUCAGGUGAAACUGGCAGUUCUACCCAAUACCACAGAUGACAGAGAAGGGGAGACCUGCACUGUCUCUGGCUGGGGGUGGCCAUGGCAGAUCACCUACAUAUACCCUGAUGUCCAGAUAGACCAGAAGGUCCUUUGGUUCUCUAAUGAAUAUUGCCGACAGUCCCACAUAAGUGAAACUCCUGUUCAAGUCACAGAGAACAUGUUCUGUGCAGGAUCAUCUUUGGCACCCAGGCAUCCGUGUAAGGAAAUGAGUGCUGCCCCAAUCCUGUGCCAAAAUCAGCUCUAUGGCAUCCUGUCCUGGUCGAAAGGGUGUGCUCUGAGAGGUGACGUUGGCUACUAUACCAAGAUCUCCCACUACACAGACUGGAUCCUCAAUGUCAUCAGAACCUACUGAGCUUCUCUAUUCCCAGUGGCCUCAGGACUGGGUCUACCAUCCUUGACCCUUCCUUUCUUUGUAGAUUCAGAACAAGUUGGGAAUGGAAUCUUUGGCUUUAAGAGUUUUCUCUUCAUUCUUUUCUCUUGACUUAAUCCCAGCCUAGAUGCUCAUUGAAGGAUUUGAGCUGGAUGGUGUCUCAUAA